AUGGGGAGAAGAGUGCCGCGGAAGGCGUGGCUUGGGUCGCAAAGCUCAAUGGGAUUACUGAUCUAUUCGAUUCGAAUGGAUUUGAUGUUCGUGAAAUCGCACUUGCCUCGUGGCCUGUUGAUGAGGCGUUUGGUGCUGAGAACGUCCAUGCUUGUGUUGGCUGUAAUGGCGGUUUCUCUGAUGCAAGUUACUCGUGAGGUUAGGGUUCCGGAGCAGAUAACGUUGGAUGCUGAUGAAUGUCCUUUUGAUUUGGACUCAAAUCCUAAUUUCAACCUCACAGAAUUCCUGAACUCCGCCGCCUCGAGCUUCGCGCUUCCUCUGUUUAUGGCGCCCGCCGGCGGCGACGGCACAGAGAAUCUGACGAGAACUGUUUUCCAAGCUCUGAUGGAUAAGAAUUUGUUGCGAUCGGAUGCGGCGGCGCUCUGUGUCGGGGAGAAAUCUUCUUCCGCUGUGCUGGCAUUGCGCCAUUUAGGGUUCUUCAACGCUGUUGGUGCUGAUAGGCAUCCGUACUUCUCUCUCUUCAAGAGAGGAUUCGUCUAUGAGCUGAACUAUGAAGACAAUCACUUCGAUUUUGUGUUUUCUGAAGAUCUUGACAGAGUUUCAGUCCCGGGGCUCCUAGUCCGGGAGCUCGAGCGUGUACUCCGGCCAGGCGGCACCGGCGCAAUACUUUUGGGAUCUGGCAGCCGCCUCUAUUCGAGCGCCGCGCUAUGGCGGGUGGUCUCGAUUACGUCGUUCUUGACAAGCUCCGAUGUUCAGCAUAUUUGUCGUCUCGGAUCGUUGAAUCUGAUCAUAUUCAAGAAAAGGCUCGGGAGUUUCGCCUCCUUCGAGCAUUUCCAGCUCCCGUCUGCUUGUCCAGCUGUCGAGAAUAACAAGAAAAUGAUGAAGUAUAUCGAGCCAAUUGCUGACGAAGUCUCGCCUUACGAGCUUUCGUAUUUGCCGAAUUACAUGAAUAUUUCGUCGAGAAACAAGUUGGUUUAUAUCAACGUGGGCGCAGGGGAGUACGCCCGCCCUACGAUCGAGAAACUUUCUAAACCUUAUUGCGGGGAUCAUCAUACGGCGUUUGAGGUGUUCAUCAUCGAUCAUAAAACUUCUGUCCUGUCGUCGUAUGUGACUGAGCCGAGCAUCCAUUUUGUGUACCAUCCGGCCCUUGCGGGAGAUGUUAGCGGCAACGGGGUUCCGGAAGUGAGCGCGGACGAAUUUUUGAGUGCCCCCGUGGAUGAAGGGGGGUUUGAAUUUGUGCCGUGGUUUAAGGAGACGGUUUCGGAUGGGGAUUUCGUGGUGCUUAUGAUGAAUGCGAAGUUUGGCGAGAUGAAUAUACUUGUCGACUUAUUUAAGAGCGGCGAGAUAUGCCGUGUCGACGAGCUUUUCCUUAAAUGCUCUGAAGAAUGUAAGAGGGAUUGCGCCAAUAUAUUCGGAAGUCUGAGGAAGAGUGGAGUGUAUGCUCACCAAUGCAGCGAUGGCUUUAACUUUAGAUCGAGGGCCAGUCUUCAGUUUGGAUGUGUCGGGAACUCAGAAUUUUUGCUAAUGCACAAAAGAUCUAUGAGAAGAUUCAUAGCUUUGAGAGAGAUGCUUUUCUAUGAGCACAUAGUCGAAGAUCCAAAUGACUCACCUACCUUUUCAGGUCGUAUCUUCAAAGAGGAUCUAAGAACUGAUGAUCUACUUGUUAGAGUUACUACACUCUCCUUGCGCUCAGAGGAAUGA